AUGGUGUUGGACGUGUUCGGGCCGGUAAAACGGCUGAUCAAGUUGGGCACCGUAUGCAUCGAUAAUAACGUGUUCCGACUCCACUAUAAGGCUACGGUAAUCAUAAUGAUGUCCUUUUCCCUGUUGGUCACAUCCGUGCAGUUUUUCGGUCAACCCAUACACUGUAUCCAAAAAGACGACAUUCCCAACGAUCUGCUCGAGACGUACUGUUGGAUUCACUCCACGUUUACAUUACCGCACGCCAUGAACAAGAAGGUGGGUGUGGAGGUGGCCCACCCGGGCGUCGACCAGUAUAAGCCCGGCGACACAAAGACAUACCAUUCCUACUACCAGUGGGUGUGGAUCGUACUGUUCAUGCAAGCGCUGGUGUUUUACGUUCCGCGAUAUUUGUGGAAACUAUGGGAAGGGGAACGCCUGAAAAGUCUGGUACUCGGUCUCAAUAAGCCUAUUAUAGCCGAGAAGGUCAAGAAUGAGCAGAUUGGGCUACUGGUGCUGUACCUCAAGGCCAACAUCCGGUACCACAACUGGUAUUUCUUUUAUUUCGUGAUCUGCGAAGUCCUCAACUUCGUGAACGUCAUAAUCCAGAUGUAUGUCAUCGACGCCUUCCUCGGCGGUGCGUUCAGUAGCUAUGGAUCCGAUGUACUGAACUAUACGGAGAAGGAUCAGGAGGAUAGGGUGGACCCCAUGAUAGCCACCUUCCCCCGGAUGACCAAAUGUACGUUUUAUAGGUACGGCUCGUCCGGUGAGGUCCAGAGACACGACGCCCUCUGUAUACUACCCCUCAAUAUAGUGAACGAAAAGAUUUAUAUCUUUCUGUGGUUUUGGUUGAUAUUCCUGGCGGUCAUGUCAGGCCUUAUGCUCUUAUAUCGCAUAAUCGUUAUAUUCAUACCGGCCCUCCGGUUCCUGAUAUUGAAAUCGAGGGCUAAGUUUACGGAUCCCAAUCACCUGAAACUGGUGAUGGAGGUGUCGAAGAUAGGCGACUGGUUUUUGCUGUAUCUGUUGUGUAAGAACAUAGACGGACACCACUUCAAGGAACUCAUACAACAGUACUCAAGGGAAAUAGUGGAGGACGGGUCGGGACAGCCUAUGGUCCAACCCAAUGAAAAGGAAAUGGAGGCCUUAAAGUCGGCCGAUUAA